CUAAAUUAUAAUGUAUAGUUUUUAUGUGCGUGAGCCUUUCCUUUCGUACAAAUCUUUCUCUCUCUUUUAUUUUAAUUUUGCCGACAUUUUACGUACUUUUUCUAUUCACUCUCUGUCUUCUUCUCUGAUCAUUUCUGUACUUUCUGUCAAUGGUGCAAUCAAAGAAGUUCCGAGGAGUCAGGCAGCGACACUGGGGUUCUUGGGUGUCCGAAAUUCGACACCCUUUGCUAAAGAGAAGAAUUUGGCUCGGAACAUUUGAAACAGCAGAAGAGGCAGCAAAAGCUUACGAUCAAGCUGCAAUAUUGAUGAGCGGACGUAACGCAAAAACGAACUUUCCGAUUACUCAAACAUCAAACGGAGACUCUAAAUCUGCUGAGUCUGAUAAUACUAGUUCUUCAACUUCUUCCACAUCAAAUGGUUUAUCGGAAAUUCUCCAUGCGAAGCUUCGAAAGUGCAGCAAGACUCCGUCGCCGUCGAUGACGUGUCUAAGGCUUGACAAUGAGAAUUCCCACAUCGGGGUAUGGCAAAAAAGAGCCGGAAAAAAGUCCGAUUCGAAUUGGGUCAUGACAGUGCAACUUGGAGAGAGAACUCAUCAUCGGGUUUCUGAGAGUACAGUAUCGCCGUUACCUGAAUCAUCAUCGGAGACAAUAUUGAAAGGGAAACCGGAAUUAAGAACAGAAAUGGAUGAAGAACAAAGAAUUGCACUGCAAAUGAUUGAAGAGCUUCUUAAUAGAAACUGUCCAAGCCCACCAUUUGAAAUUCAAGAUCAAGAAACAGGUGAUAAUGAUGAUGGUGAUGGUGAUGGUGAUGGUGAUGGUGAUGGUGAUGGCGGUGGUGAUAUAAUUCAUGAUCAUGGUAAUAGUCUUUAUCUUUAAAUUGGUGUCUGCAUGUGUUUGUGUUGUGCUUAUGUUAAUUGCUUUGGGAAAUGAUUGGAUUAAUUUUUGUUUGUGAAUAAUUGAUUAAUGUUUAUAUAGAGAAGCAUGUGCUAAA